AGGGUUUAUGCCCUUUAUUUUUGCAACUUUUUGUCAUUCCAAGAUUUGCGCUGAGGACCCCUGAACCUUAAAGAAUUGGCCCCCCACAGCAGAGGAGGUAAUGAGCAUGGAUACCCAUACGAGGUGGAAACGGAGAAGUUGGAGGAGAGACCUGUCCCUUCUUGUAGCUCUAAGCUUUAUAUGUUCCCAGUGUCAUGCAGGUGAACCAGCUGAUGUUUUGAAGGUUUUAGAUUUUCCUAAUUUACCUGAUGGAGUCCAAAAAUCAACAGGAUUCUGCGCAUUCAGAAAAUCGACAAAGGGACCCGAUGUGGCAUACAGAGUGUCGAAGAGUGCGCAGCUUAGUGCCCCCACCAAGCAGCUCUUCCCAGAUACCCCAUUCCCGCAAGAUUUCUCUAUUUUGACAACUGUGAAAGCCAAAAAGGGAAGCCAGUCAUUCCUUAUGUCCAUUUACAAUGAACACGGCAUCCAGCAGGUUGGCAUGGAGCUGGGCAGAUCACCCGUCUUUCUAUUCGAGGAUCACUUGGGAAAUCCACUCCCCGAGGAUUACCCCCUCUUCAGUAACAUUAAUCUCUCCGAUGGAAAGUGGCAUCGGAUUGGGAUCAGCGUCCACAAGAAGCAAGUCACCCUCUUUGUGGACUGUAAGAAGCGGGCGCAGAAACACCUGGAGCGCAGCGAGCACUCUAUCGUGGACACCAAUGGCAUAGUGGUGUUCGGCACCAGGAUCCUAGACGAAGACUUCUUUGAGGGGGACAUUCAGCAACUCCUCAUCGUCCCAGACCAUCGAGCUGCCUUCGAUUAUUGUGAACACUACAGUCCCGACUGUGACACGGCUGUCCCUGACACCCCCCAGUCUCAGGACCCAAAUCAGGAUGAGUAUCAAUACCCUGAGGCCGCAGAAGGAGAUGAAGGGUAUUACUAUGAAUAUCCAUACUAUGAAGAGGAAAAUGAUAAAGCCCCAACUGUAAAGCCCACACCAGCCACCGGUGAGGAGGCCAUACGACCGCAGCCAGACUUUGAAGAGGAUACCACAGUACCCACAGAAGCUCCGGCUGUAACUACUGAAGCAGCAAGAGUCAAGAUUGAAGAAAGUGAAGGCAACCCAGGCCCAACAACAUAUGACUAUAACUAUGGUGUACAUGAAGAUUAUUACUCACCACAACCCUACGAAGACACCAACUACUCUGAGGUGGAUGAAAAAGAGGAGAGGACCAAUGUGGAUGAAGAAUCCAUUGACAGGACUGCGGAGGUCAUCACCAGCACUGUGACCGCAACCAACAACGGUACAUUGGUGAGUGGUGUAGGAAGCUCCAGACAGGAUGGAAAUGUCGAUAGUGAUUUCGCCGAGGAGACCAUAGACACCUAUGAUGACUCUUUUACUGACCAGGAGGAGUACGGUAUAGGGGAUUUGAAUGAAUCAGCUGUGAUUGUGCCAGAAUAUGAGAUUUCUGGAGGUGCUCGGGGUGAGAAGGGACAGAAAGGGGAGCCUGCCAUCAUUGAACCUGGAAUGCUGGUUGAAGGCCCACCCGGCCCAGAGGGUCCAGCCGGAUAUUCUGGUCCUCCUGGAACCACAGGUCCCCCCGGCCCGUCUGGUGAUCCUGGUGAGAGGGGACCAACUGGCCGACCAGGACUUCCUGGAGCUGACGGUUUACCAGGACCUCCCGGUACCAUGCUCAUGCUGCCUUUCCGCUUCUCAGGAGGAGGAGAUGGAUCUUCCAAAGGACCCCAAGUAUCUGCACAGGAAUCCCAGGCUCAGGCAAUUCUACAACAAGCCAGGCUGGCACUGAGAGGACCUUCUGGUCCAAUGGGCCUCACAGGAAGACCAGGACCAAUGGGAUCUCCAGGUCCUUCUGGAUUAAAGGGGGAGUCAGGUGACCUAGGACCACAGGGUCCUCGUGGUUCUCAAGGUCCCCCAGGUCCUUCAGGGAAGCCAGGACGACGGGGUCGGGCGGGCAGUGAUGGUGCUCGUGGGAUGCCAGGACAAACUGGAACCAAGGGUGACAGAGGAUUUGACGGUCUGGCUGGUUUACCUGGAGAGAAGGGGCAUCGUGGUGAAUCAGGCCCAUCUGGACCUCCAGGACCACCAGGAGAAGAUGGAGAGCGGGGUGAUGAUGGAGAUGUUGGACCCAGAGGAUUGCCAGGUGAACCUGGACCACGAGGGCUACUCGGACCAAAAGGACCUCCAGGCCCCCCUGGACCUCACGGUGUGGCAGGAAUGGAUGGACCAGUCGGCAUCAAGGGCAGUGUGGGACCUCAAGGUGAACCAGGACCACCAGGCCAGCAGGGAAACCCAGGUGCACAGGGUCUUCCGGGUCCACAGGGAGCCAUCGGGCCACCAGGAGAGAAGGGUCCACUAGGAAAAUCUGGACUUCCUGGCAUGCCUGGAGCUGACGGCCCCGCUGGUCACCCUGGGAAGGAAGGACCCCCAGGAGAGAAAGGAACUCUGGGUCCUUCAGGACCUCAGGGACCAAUUGGGUAUCCAGGACCUCGUGGCGUGAAGGGUGCUGAUGGAAUCCGAGGCUUGAAAGGAACAAAGGGAGAGAAGGGUGAAGAUGGAUUUCCUGGAUUUAAGGGUGACAUGGGACCUAAAGGAGACAGAGGUGAAAUUGGUGCAUCUGGUCCUAGAGGUGAAGACGGUCCUGAGGGUCCAAAGGGGCGCGGCGGUCCUAAUGGAGAAACUGGCCCACUUGGACUGGCGGGUGAAAAGGGAAAACUUGGUGUUCCAGGAUUGCCCGGAUACCCAGGAAGACAAGGUCCAAAGGGUUCUAUCGGCUUUCCAGGAUUCCAAGGAGCAAAUGGCGAGAAAGGCACAAGAGGAACCCCUGGCAAACCAGGUCCAAGGGGGCAACGAGGUCCAACGGGUCCACGUGGUGAAAGAGGUCCAAGGGGUACAACAGGAAAGCCAGGCCCCAAGGGUAACUCCGGAGGGGAUGGCCCAGCUGGUCCUCCUGGUGAAAGGGGACCACCCGGACCUCAAGGACCCACUGGAUUUCCAGGACCAAAGGGCCCCCCUGGUCCACCAGGGAAAGAUGGACUUCCUGGCCACCCCGGACAGAGAGGUGAAACUGGCUUUCAAGGAAAAACUGGCCCUCCAGGUCCCCCUGGCGUUGUCGGCCCACAGGGUCCUACUGGAGAGACUGGUCCCAUGGGCGAAAGAGGUCAUCCCGGCCCUCCUGGACCACCUGGUGAGCAAGGUUUACCUGGUCUGGCAGGAAAGGAAGGAUCUAAGGGAGAUCCCGGCCCAGCUGGUGUGCCUGGUAAAGAUGGACCACCUGGUUUAAGAGGAUUCACUGGAGAACGUGGUCUUCCUGGCCCACUUGGUUCUCCUGGACUGAAAGGCAGUGAAGGACCCCCAGGACCUCCUGGCCCUGCUGGAUCUCCUGGAGAAAGAGGAGCUGCAGGACCUGCUGGCCCCAUUGGGUUGCCAGGAAGACCCGGCCCACAAGGACCACCUGGACCAGCUGGUGAAAAAGGGGCUCCAGGAGAAAAGGGUCCUCAGGGGCCGGCCGGACGUGAUGGUAUCCAAGGUCCUGUUGGUCUCCCAGGCCCAGCUGGACCAGUUGGUCCUCCAGGAGAAGAUGGAGAUAAGGGUGAAAUUGGAGAGCCUGGACAGAAGGGAAACAAGGCUGACAAAGGAGAGCAGGGACCACCUGGACCUGCAGGACCUCAGGGACCUAUUGGUCAGCCUGGUCCAUCAGGAGCAGAUGGAGAGCCUGGGCCCCGAGGACAGCAAGGCUUGUUUGGUCAGAAAGGUGACGAAGGCCCCAGAGGUUUCCCUGGACCACCAGGCCCUGUCGGGCUACAGGGUUUACCCGGACCUCCAGGUGAGAAGGGAGAGACAGGUGAUGUUGGUCAGAUGGGACCACCAGGUCCACCUGGUCCAAGAGGGCCCAGUGGUUCAGCAGGAGCUGAUGGCCCACAAGGUCCUCCAGGAGGAGUUGGAAAUCCUGGGUCUUCUGGAGAGAAGGGUGACCCUGGAGAGUCUGGUGAACCUGGUCUUCCGGGAGAGCUUGGACCACCAGGCCCAAAAGGCGAAAGAGGGGAAAAAGGAGAAGCAGGUCUUCAAGGAACAGCUGGUCCAGCUGGUCCAAAAGGACCUCCUGGGGAUGAUGGUCCUAAAGGUAGCCCUGGUCCUGUUGGAUUUCCUGGAGACCCUGGCCCCCCUGGUGAACAUGGUCCUUCUGGUCAAGAUGGACCUCCUGGUGACAAAGGAGAUGAUGGUGAAUCUGGACAGCCAGGAUCACCAGGACCGACUGGAGAGCCAGGUCCAUCUGGCCCACCUGGAAAAAGGGGUCCACCUGGUCCAGCAGGUCCAGAAGGACGGCAAGGAGAGAAAGGUGCAAAGGGUGAAUCAGGCUUAGAAGGUCCUUCUGGCAAGACUGGUCCUGUUGGUCCUCAAGGCCCUCCUGGAAAACCUGGACCUGAAGGUCUAAGAGGUAUUCCAGGACCUGUGGGUGAGCAAGGUCUGCCAGGAUCAACUGGUGCUGACGGCCCACCUGGUCCUAUGGGACCACCAGGUUUGCCCGGUUUGAAGGGUGAUUCAGGUCCAAAAGGUGAAAAGGGUCAUCCUGGUUUAAUUGGCCUCAUUGGACCUCCGGGAGAACAGGGUGAAAAGGGAGACCGUGGUCUACCAGGUCCUCAGGGUACUCAUGGACCGAAAGGAGAACAGGGUAUUUUUGGCCCAUCUGGGCCUGUGGGUCCUCCCGGUCCUCCAGGAUUGCCGGGUGGUCCUGGGCCAAAAGGUGCUAAAGGGUCAUCAGGUCCAACCGGUCCAAAGGGUGAGAUGGGUAUUCCUGGCCCUCCAGGUCCUCCAGGUCCCCCAGGAGAAGUUAUACAGCCACUUCCUGUUCAGUCAUCGAAGAGAACCAAGCGAAAUAUUGAUGCCAGUCAAGUGGUGGAUGAAGGAAAUACAGAUACAAACUACAUGGACUAUGCUGACGGUAUGGAGGAAAUCUUUGGCUCUCUAAAUUCCCUGAAACUGGAAAUUGAACAGAUGAAACACCCAUUGGGCACUCAGGGUAAUCCUGCCAGGACAUGCAAAGACUUACAGCUAUGUCACCCCGACUUCCCUGAUGGUGAAUAUUGGAUUGAUCCUAACCAGGGCUGCUCCCGAGACUCCUUUAAAGUUUACUGCAAUUUUACGGCAGGUGGAGAAUCGUGCAUCUUUCCAGACAAGAAGUCUGAAGGAGCUAGACUUACCUCCUGGCCCAAAGAGAACCCCGGUUCCUGGUUCAGUGAAUUCAAGCGUGGUAAACUGUUGUCCUAUGUGGAUUCGGAUGGAAAUCCCAUUGGCGUUGUACAGAUGACAUUCCUGCGGUUACUCAGUGCCGCUGCCAGGCAGAACGUUACCUACAACUGCUACCAGUCCGUGGCUUGGCACGAUGCCUCCUCUGACAGCUACGACAAGGCCAUCCGCUUCUUGGGAUCAAACGAUGAAGAGAUGUCUUAUGACAACAACCCUUACAUUAUAGCCAUCAUGGACGGCUGUGCAUCAAAGAAGGGCCACCAGAAAACCAUCCUGGAACUUAACACCCCCAAAGUGGAGCAAGCACCUAUAGUGGACCUUAUGUUCAAUGACUUUGGAGACCCAACGCAAAAAUUUGGCUUUGAAGUGGGACCAGUAUGUUUCCAAGGCUAAAAUGACUUUCAAAUUUUAAAAGUUUU